AGAGUAGUUGUGAGUUAUUUUUUAAUAGCCAUAAAUUGUUUAUGUGUGAUGAAGCAUGAUAUAAUUAAUGCCAAUUGAAUUGUCUUUCAGUUUGAGUGGAUGCUGCUUGAUCAAGAGAUGCACCAUGAGAAACGUAUGGACAGGUUUAGAAAGAAUAUGCAAGGCAGAAUGUAUGGCAACGCAAAGCUGUUUGAUCUUAGAAGUUUUGACAUGGUGCUGUUUCCGAUAUUAGAGGCCGGCCACUACUAUCUGCUAGUGUUUGAGAUGAAAAAUCCCGCAAUUACGUUGAUCGACAAUGGUGCAGAAAACUUAACACGUCCAGUCUUCGAUAGUGAUGUUUACAUCAACAAGUCAGUACCAUACAAAUAUAAGGAGAUGUUUGUACAUUACCUGGAAGAGGUAAACCAUCCAAGGGGUCGGUGA